CAUUAACAAGGGGCUUUGACGAGGGUGGCUUCGGCAGUGAUGACGGACGAGGACUCUCAGACUACUGCCAGCGAGGCGCAAGCCCAGGAUGAGAGCGAGCUGCCUGUUACCCAGCUGUGUGGGCUGGUGGAAGAGCUCAGAUGAGGAAAGUGAGGCACCAAGAGGUUAAAUAUCUUGCAAAAGGUCAUACAAAGCUACCACGGAAACUCUGCUCUCAAAACUGAGACAGAGAUGUUUGAAAAAUAUUACAAUAAAUUGGAGCCCAGGGACCAGCGACCUUCACAAUUAUCAGAAAUUAGAAUGUCAGGAGCAGAAAUUGCACAGUUACGAGGCAGGCGUAGAUCCAAAUCCCGCGUAAGUCUGGAACGUGUAACAGGCCUCAGCGUGGACCAAAAAUUGAAGCUUGUGCAAAAAGAGCUGGACGACACAAAGAGUGAAAUAAGGCACAUAAGGGCAAAUGCCGAGAGGGACCUGCAGCAUCACGAGGCUAUCGUUGAGGAAGCUGAAAUUCGGUGGACCGAAGUUCAGAGAGAAGUGCAUGAGUUUGAAAAAGAUAUUCUAAAGACCAUAUCCAAGAAGAAAGGGAGUAUUUUGGCCACUCAGAAAGUGAUGAAGUACAUUGAGGACAUGAACCGCCGGAGGGAUAAUAUGAAGGAUAAAUUAUGUUUGAAAAAUGCCUCUCUCAAAGUCCAGAGGAAAAAGAUGCUUUUACAAUUGAGGCAGAAGGAAGAGGUGGGAGAGGCCCUCCACGAUGUUGACUUUCAGCAGCUGAAGAUCGAGAAUGCUCAGUUUUUAAAGACAAUUGAAGCAAGGAAUCAAGAACUGAUCCAGCUGAAGCUGGUAUCCAGAAACACCCUGCGGAUCCUUAACGCGUACAAAAGCAAGCUACACCGAGCCAUGGAAAUGUCCGUCGAUCUGGACAAAGAGUUCUUGUUGAGAAAAGAGUUACUCGAAAAAGUUGAAAAAGAAACCCUGCAAGUAGAGGAGGACCAGGCCAAGGCCAUGGCUCUGAACAAACAGCUCCGGAAGCAGCUGUCUGAGUUCCGAGUGCCACAGGUGAUGAUGUACGUCCGGGAGAAGAUCCGAAACAGUGACCUGGAGAAGGCCAUCGGGAUGUGGGAGAGGAAAGUGGAGAUUGCAGAGAUGUCCUUAAAAGGCUACCGCAAGGCUUGGAAUAAAAUGAAAAUCACCAAUGAGCAGUUGCAGGCAAUUUGCCCCCUGGGAAAUAGCCAGAGGGAGGCGACGGCUGCCGACCAAAAAGCCGAGACUUCUGAAGCUCAAGCAACGGAGACAAAAAGCACCAGGUGCUCCAGCCCCACCUCAUCUCCCAGGGGAGCGACCCCCUUUCAUUGCGUGAUCCUCAACCUUGACAUCCAGCAAAAGCCCUAACAGUUGUGGGAACAAAGGAGGGGGACACAAGUCGAUGUCCUUCACGGAGAUUUUCCUCAGGAUACUCAUUGUCAUGUGAUUUCCUGUCUGGACAACAGAGAGCCCGAGAAUUAUUCACAAGAAGACGUCCCCCGAGUCAACGCAACUACAACUCACAUAUCCAGAUGGGAGUGAGUAGGAAAUGUUCUGAUAAACCCCCUUUUCCUCACAGAAAUCCGAACCUGUGUCUCAGUUUUUACUGAAAACUACCUUUGCUUUGAACUUGAAUGUGAAAAUAGGCAGAGAAAAUGUUCACAUCUACAUCUACAGAGAAUGAAUGCAUUUCCUUGUUUGUUUC